CUGAAAGUGAAGAUACGUGCCUUACCCUUACGUCCUCGUCUUUGACCGCCCACGACUCCACCUCCGGCGAUCCCCCACCGCUCACUGCUCCAUCUCUGACUCAGGCUCUUAGGGUUUGAUGGGAACAAAAGGUUAUAUGUUUCGGGACGUUAAGAUUGAAAUGGAUUUUAGGGAUGGAGGAUGGUUGCAAAAUCCCAAAAAAGUGAAGGAGGAGUCGGCAUUACACGACACACUCCGGUCUAUAUCUACAAAAGCACUAGCACCGGUGACUAUAGGUGUCUUGAAUUUUGAUGCACUUAAUGGGACAUUCGAGAAGAUACAUAAAGACUUUUCCCAGGAAUGGGGAAACGUAUGUUCUAUAUAUGGCGAGAACUCGUUUAAAAUGGGUCUUAGUAAUCUCGAUGCACGUUAUAUGAGACCAUUGCAACUUUUCCAAAAGCUGAAGGUUGAACAAGGGUCUUUUGAUUUCGAUGCAUUUUAUGAGAGGUUAGCUCCAAUUUUUCCCAAAAAGCCACAACAGUCAUCCAAUAAAGUCUACUCUCAGGCAUGGGAUACGAAAGACUUUUAUUAUCCUUUGGCAGCAAAGGCAGCUACUAUUAGUGUCUUGAAUUUUGGAGCAUCAAACUUUGGUUUCGAUGCAUUCUAUAAGAAGUUACACAAACAAGACUCUUAUCAGAGUGGAGACUACCGGAUUAAGCAUGGGAAUUGUCGGAUGACAAGGUCAUAUAGAAACGUCCAACCAAUUGUGGCAAAAGCAUCCAACAGAGAAUAUAAUUGCAUGCCAAAAGUUAUGACAACGAUUGCAACAACUGCCAUUGCAGCUAGCCUGAAAAAUCAACCAAUGCUCCGAGAGAUACUCACGAGGGUCGCAAUGUCCAUGGCAUCCGAGUGUAUGUCAGCAGUUAUGAGAGUCAUUGCACAAGAUCUGAUAAGUCAAACCAAGCUCCAAAAGUUACUCAUGAUGGGGGCAAUAACCAUGGUUAUUAAUUUUCCAUUAGGUAUGUGUCGAGAACACAGCAAUCGCGUACCUUCUUGGCUUACACCUGUUCUUGUAGCCAUUCCAUAUAUAUCCAUCACCGUUAAUGCUAUUCUGAUGCCAAAAGCCACCGCGCCAUAUACACUUUCCGCCACCGUUUUGGGACUAUAUCUUGGAUGUAUGGCUGAGGAGCAGCGCCUAAAAUCCAUUGCCGCCAUGUAUCCGGCUGAGCCACAGUAUAGGUAUUAUAAAUAUUAAAUCAUGUCAAGUAGUUAUGGGUUAAUGGUUUAUUAAUGCAACGAAUAUUAUUUUGUGGAAUUAUAUUUAACCGGAAAAAUGCGAUUUUGUUUGAAUUGCUAGUGUGGGACAAUCCAAUUUGACUUGUUUUUAUAGGUUACACACUUUUGUAUUGUAGCUUCUUAUAUUAUAUGAUAAAUAUAA